AUGAGUCGUAACAUUCUUCCGUACGCCUCUUUUCUCGCCCUCGUAGGCGGGGCUAUCGCGGAACCGUUUCUGGUACUCAAUAGCGACUUUCCGGACCCAAGUCUCAUAGAAACAUCGAGCGGAUACUAUGCAUUUGGUACCACCGGCAAUGGCGUUAAUGCACAGGUUGCUUCCUCACCAGACUUCAAUACAUGGACUCUACUUUCCGGAACAGAUGCCCUCCCUGGGCCAUUCCCAUCAUGGGUUGCCUCUUCUCCUCAAAUAUGGGCGCCUGAUGUUCUAGUUAAGGCCGAUGGCACCUAUGUCAUGUACUUUUCCGCAGCUGCCGCGAGCGACUCGAGCAAGCACUGCGUUGGUGCCGCAACCGCAACCUCACCAGAGGGACCUUACACCCCAGUCGACAGCGCUGUUGCCUGCCCAUUAGACCAGGGAGGAGCCAUUGAUGCCGAUGGAUUCAUUGACACCGACGGCACUAUAUAUGUCGUAUACAAGAUCGAUGGAAACAGUCUAGACGGUGAUGGCACCACCCAUUCUACUCCCAUUAUGCUGCAGCAGAUGGAGGCAGACGGAACAACCCCAACCGGCAGCCCGAUCCAGCUCAUUGACCGAUCUGAUCUCGAUGGACCUCUGAUUGAGGCUCCUAGUUUGGUUCUCUCCAAUGGGAUCUACUACCUCAGCUUCUCUUCCAACUACUACAACACUAAUUACUACGACACCUCAUACGCCUAUGCCUCGUCGAUCACUGGUCCUUGGACCAAACAAUCUGCGCCUUAUGCGCCUUUGUUGGUUACUGGAACUGAGACGAGCAACGAUGGCGCUUUAAGCGCUCCCGGUGGCGCUGAUUUCUCUGUCGAUGGCACCAAAAUUUUGUUCCACGCAAACCUCAAUGGACAAGAUAUUUCGGGCGGACGUGCUUUAUUUGCUUCUUCGAUUACCACCGCCAGCGAUGUCGUCACAUUGCAGUAA